AUGAUUGUAUCUCUCUUCUUUCUCCUCAUCCUCAAAGGUGGAAAUACCUCCACUUUAGAGCUACAAGAUGAUGCUCAACUGAUGCCCAAUGAGACCAUUACAAGAGAUAAAAAAGUAGAAAUUGAUGAACUUUGCAUUUUCCUGGCUGUUGCAAACCACCUGAACUUGACUAAAGACAAUAAUAAGUACACCAUGAGCCGGCCCGUUAGACACCACACUCACCCUUUGACGGUAGAGCUUGAAAUGAAAAUCUAUGCCAUCUUAGAUAUGAGGGAAAUUGACCAGACUUUAAUUUCUUACAUUUGGGUUUCUUUGAAAUGGAAAAAUGAGUACAUUUGGUGGGACCCAUAUCAGUUCUGUGGACUUAAAUACAUAACUGUCCCUACCGGAUAUUUGUGGAUACCAGACAUAACAAUUGAAGAGAUGACAGAGAAGGACAAAGCUACUCCGAGUCCCUAUCUCAGCAUUAGCUCAGAUGGCUGGGUUGAAUUCAGAAAUGACCAGGUUGUGCUAAGCACCUGCAAAAUGCAUGUUUACAAAUUUCCCUUCGAUAUUCAGAGCUGCAACCUUUCGUUCAAGUCUAUCCUGCACACUGAUGAAGAUAUACAGUUACACUACCAGGAAAACAACACUUUGAUCACACGGUUGUCUCGGGAAGUGAUGCACACACAGUACGAGUGGCUGUUCAUCAACAUGAUAGUCACCAACAAAACCACCCGCUUGGACGUCAACCAAACUUCUGUUGUUUAUACUAUUACCAUGAAGAGGAGGUCUAUCCUGUACAUUGUGAAUUUCAUUCUGCCAGUCCUCUUCUUCUUGUGUCUGGACUUGGCAUCAUUCCUCAUUUCAGAUACUGGGGGUGAGAAGCUCAGCUUCAAAGUCACUGUCCUGCUGGCUGUCACAGUGAUGCAGCUUAUCCUCAAUGACAUUCUGCCCUGUUCUUCAAACAAGGUUCCACUCAUAGCUGUCUACUGCAUUGGGAUAUUUGCUCUGAUGCUGCUCAGCCUCCUGGAGACAAUUUUGGUGAUGCAUCUGAUUGAGAAAGACUCUGCAGCUCAAGAUAAUGAGACUAGUAGAGACCAAAGCACAGAUGUGAACUGUGGUGACAAAUCCAACCCACACAGAAACCUUGAAAUUUCAGAUAGUCACUGUGCAUCUGUCUGUGAUGCACCUGCUGAAGAAAUACAAUCGGUGAGCAAAGAGGGGAGCAGCAGUAAACUGACGGACGUGUCCUUUGCUGUGGAAAAAGUUUCAGAUGAACCAGGGGCAACUGAGAAACCAAUGAAUCUACUCAGCAGUAACAGGAAGGAAGAAAUGAAUUCUGAAGAUGAUGAUGGGUAG